AUGGCACCGCGAUCUCCUGAAGAGCUCCUCGCUUAUGGCAUCCCGGACCCUCUCAUCGAAGCCGAACUCGCCGCCCGGCCUCUCCGGGAUCCGCAGCGUGGCGACCCCAACCGUGGACAAGAUGGCUUCUUCGCCAUGCGCGAACAUCGAGCGACGCGCUUGCGUGAGUCUCAUCACCUGCGCUACCUCCCUGGUCCCACCCCGGAGCAGGUCCGCGAGGAGGACCGCAAAAUCAUCGCGAGAGACGGGCACGAACUCACACUCCGGGUCUACACCCCUGUGAAGAUUCCCUCUGGAGGCAGCCCGCUCAUCGUCAUGUACCACGAGGGCGGGUGGUGUAUGGGCGAUCUCUCGGACGAAGAGGUAAACUGUCGCCUGUUCAGUAGGGAUCUGGGCGCAGUCUGCAUCAAUGUCGAAUACCGUCUCGCCCCCGAGUUUCCCUUCCCAACCGGCAUCAAUGAUAGCUGGGACGCGUUACAAUGGGUCAGCUUAAUCGUAGCAUCUCCCUCGACUGAAACGCGUGCUGACCCUCAAACUUUGUUCCAGGCUGCUAAGAACGCAACCGAACUAGGCGCAGACCCUUCCCGGGGCUUCAUCAUCGGCGGCGGCUCCGCCGGCGGGAACAUCGCCGCCGUCCUCGCCCACCUCGCCCGCGACAACAACCUCUCCCCGCCGCUCACUGGGCAGUACCUCUGCGUUCCCCCCAUCAUGUGCAUGUUGCCCCCAGAAUUCAUUCCCGAGCAAUACCGUCCCGAAUAUCUUAGCCAUCCCUCCGUCACGCCAUGCAAAGACCCGGUCAUAGGCAGCAACGCUGGUGAUGCAGAAGCGGGCCUGCGCGCCAUCGUCCAGCCCGACAUGGAGAGUCCUCUCUUCAUCCCGUUCCACUUUGGAAGAAUCGGUAAAGGUCACAAGGGGUUACCGCCUGCUUAUCUUCAGCUGGCUGGAUUGGAUCCUUUGCGAGACGAAGGCCUCAUCUACGAACGGGUGCUGAGAGAAGAAGCCGGGGUGAAGACGAGGCUUGAUGUGUACUCUGGGCUUCCUCACUACUUCUGGACCAACUUCCCACUCCUGGAGAAGAGUAAAACUUUUGUGGAAGACACGAUCAAGGGUGUUCAGUGGCUAUUGGAACAAAAGAAGUAG